CGACAUAUCAGGUGGACAAGUAGUAUUGGAGGAACUUUGUGGAGCACUGAAGGUACUUUGUGGAAUCGGAAUAGGAGUAAAUGAACUCAUAGUAUUAAUAGCAUUACUGGUUGUGACCAAAGCGGUAGAUACAGCGAUACUCUUCGUUUUCGAAUUUCUGGUGAUUUCCGAUACGGUAGACGUAGGAAUGAUUGACACUUUUGAAAAAGAAAUCUGA